AUGGCGGAUGUUCUCAAAGGCGUGAACCUGCUGGAGACCCUCAAAAAUUCCAUGGAGCGCAACCGGUUGUCCGAGGUCAAAGACGCGGUCGAAGACCUCCUCAUCAGCAGCCUCAACUUGGCUGUCGUGGGCGAGCGUUCGGAGGAGAAGAUGGCAUUCAUUAACUCCCUUCACGGGGUGUCAGCCGCUGACGAAGGGGCCGCCUGCUCGUCGUCGGUCCCCACCGAGGACUUGAGUUGCUAUCCUAAUCCCGUGCACCCCGACUUUCGCCUUUGGGACCUCCCGCCGGUCCCCAUCGGGCUUCCAUUUGAGCCUGACGUUUACAUGAAUGCCGUCAAGUUCCUCCGCUACAACGUGGUCUUCCUGAUGGUCACGCAGACGCCGCCUCCGAGUGUGGUGGCAUUGGUCCUGCGGGCCCGUUUGCUGCAGCUCCAGACGGUCUACCUGAUCCUCUUGGUUUCUGACAAAGACCAAAAUCCGGAUUCGAAGAGGAGAGCCAGCGUGGACGCUCUGAGGUCCCACGGUGUCACGCAGUCCAAAGUCUACCUGGUCAGCCCAUCCGCCCUGGAGACUCUGGACUUCCCUGCCCUGCUUGAAGACUUGGCCAAAGACCUCCCGGAGAUCAGGUGGUGCGCUCUCCUGAUGGCUCUCCCCACACUGACCGCCGCCCUGGUGAUCCAAAAGAAGGAGGCAUUUGGAGCCCUGGUUUGGGCGGCGGCGUCUUUGUCCGGCGGUGUUUCGGCUGUGCCGGUCCCCUUUGUGGCCUCGGCGGUGGACUCAAGCAUGGCCGUGCGAGUCCUCUGCAAAGUACAGGCGUCCCUCUGUCUGGACGACGCGUCCGUGGAGCGUCUGGCCCGGCGGCGAGGCCUGGAACCGGCGCGUCUCAAAGCCCUGCGGGCGUGCCCGCUCUCGACCGAGGUCACCAAGGCGGAGGUAAAGAGGCGACUGGCGCUGGCAGAGAAGGACUGCUCGACGUUGUCCUCCAGGCUAGUGCAGAUGGCCGUGCCCAGACACGCCCGCUCGGCCGGACGCUCCUUCGCCGCCAUGCUGAACGCGUUGAAGACCGCCAUUGAUGACAUGGCCGCAGACGCCGAGAAGAUUUUGGCCUCUGCCUUCGCGGAGACAAGCCAAAACGCUUGA